CGAGCGUCCGGCGCGCACAGACCGGGAGCGCGCACGGGGGCGGUCUGGUCUGGGGCUGCCUCGGUUUGUGCUGUAAUCUCCUUUCUGCUGCUGCUGCCUCCCUCUGCCAGCCUGCCUCCAGUCCAACCGCACGGACACGGCAGCGAGCGAGCGAGCGAGCGGGACAGCGGCCGGAGACUCUCGUACGGCACCGACUCCCGGGAUCAGCAGCGCGCCGAACCGCAGCACCGACGCCCAACCGCCAGGGCCCAGGAUGUCGAGUGAAGUGCAGCGAGCAGACGAUAGCCCCAGCACCAGCGGGGGCAGCUCAGACAUCGAGCAGAGAGAGCCCCCUCCUCCAGAGCAGGACCGAGAGUCUGCUCAGCCCAAGAAGAAGGAGACAAAGAUCUCCAGCAAGACAGCUGCCAAGCUCUCCACCAGUGCCAAAAGGAUUCAGAAAGAACUAGCCGAGAUAACACUAGACCCUCCUCCAAACUGCAGUGCUGGUCCUAAAGGAGACAACAUCUAUGAGUGGAGGUCAACCAUCCUGGGUCCCCCCGGCUCUGUGUAUGAGGGAGGGGUCUUCUUCCUGGACAUUGCCUUCACUCCAGACUACCCUUUCAAACCUCCUAAGGUAACAUUUCGUACCCGGAUCUACCACUGUAACAUCAACAGUCAGGGGGUGAUCUGUCUGGACAUCCUGAAGGACAAUUGGAGUCCUGCCCUUACCAUCUCCAAGGUGCUGCUGUCCAUCUGCUCCCUGCUCACAGACUGUAAUCCAGCGGACCCUCUGGUCGGGAGCAUCGCCACACAGUAUCUGACCAACAGAACGGAACACGACAGAAUAGCCAAACAGUGGACCAAGCGAUACGCCACAUAGACUUUCUCCCUACCCCACCCCCUCUCCCUUUCAGCCCCUCCUCUCUCUACCUCUGGCCCUGCCCCUCCCAUCAAACCUGUCUGUCAAAGCACACUUGCCCCGCCCCAGCGUGUCAUUUCAGUGUACAAUAACUUCACACAUGUUAUUUGCUGUUCCCUUUUGACUUGGAAGAUUUGUUUUUUUAUACAAAGAGUAGAUUUGGGACGUUUUUAUUUUCCAAUUCCUGAACGUUGGAUUUGCAGAGGACUUUUGCACCCAGCUACUACCUGUUUUUGUCUUGAUUUCCUAGUGGCACCUGAUCCAACAUGCAGAGGUUUUACUUUUCCUUUGGUCUGGUUCUGGAGAUGUUUUCUGCAUGGAACAGGACACAUGCUUUUACUUGCGCUCGUUCGGGUUUGUACUGUAACGUUUCUUUUUUUCAGAGCUUUUUGGAGGCAGACCGCUCAAGCCAAGGUCGGCCGGUGACAGAGGCAGGACUUGUAAUAUGUGACUGGCGCCCCUACAGCUGCGGAGUGGUUUGUCGUGCACUUGUAUUACCGAAGCACCCAAUAAAACACACUGUGGCUGUG